AUGGAGAAUCAAUCUUCAAAUGGCAGAAUAGCAAUGGAAGAGCAGCUAAUCAGAGGGCGUGACAUGGCAAACCAGUUACUUGAAGUAAUUGCAAACGAGGAAGGGUCAAAGUCAGUAUUACCAAUUGCUGAAGAUCUUGUUCGGAAUGUACUGAGAUCAUUCACAAAUACCCUUUUGUUCUUGAACACCAAUAAUGAUCACUCCGAUGAGGUGGUGGUGCCCAUUCCUAUCAGAGAUAUCUCUUCCUCCACAAACUGCACAAAGCCAGAGGGUCUGGAUGAAACUUGCAAGAAUAUCAAAAUUCUCAACACCAAAAAUCGAAGAGCGUGCUACAAGAGAAAAUCAGUUGCACCAACUAGGGAGACGGAAAGCUCAAUUCUGAUUGAAGAUGGCCAUGCAUGGAGAAAGUAUGGACAAAAAAUGACAAUGAAUGCCAAAUAUCUCAGGAGCUACUACAGGUGUACUUACAAGAAUGAACAGAAAUGCCAAGCAAUCAAACAAGUGCAGAGAAUUCAAGAGAACCCUCCAUUGUACCGGACAACAUAUUAUGGUCAUCACACUUGUGAAUGCUCUCUUAACCAUGAGAUAAUGUUGGAAUCUGCUUCAUCUUCUGCCUCUUCUGGAUUACUAUGCUUCAAUAGUACCCUCCCCAAAAGCAAAGAACAACCGGUUUUUUCAUCAACAAAACAGAAGUCUGCGGAAGUGAUUGCAGAUGACCAAAUUAAUCACAACCAAUUGUCCUCACCAGAUUACCUCCACCUUUUAUGUGACUAUGAACUUGAUUUCAAUUAUACGAGGCAUGUCACGAUGCUAUCAUCCACCGAUUCUGUUGAAUUUCACAAUGUUUAAUGGCUUCUAGGUAUGUUUUGGUUUCGGUCUACAAUUUUUUUCUUAAAGCAAGUUAGUGGUGGUUUGCUUCAUUUUCUCGGAACAGAGCUGAAAUAUGUCUGUAUUCACUGCAU